CUUUUUUGCCAUUUAUUCUUCCCACAUCAAUUCGCUUCAUUUAGACUUUCUUUUCUACCGGCAUUUACCAUGAGGCUUACUUCGUACUUAGCGAGCCCAGACUCUUCAGAGCCAGAAGGCCCUCAGUGCAUCCAUGACCACGACAGUUUUAAGCUGGCCUUAUCCUUGUUUAUCCUUGUUGGCAUGGUCGUAUCUUACCUACCCCAGCACAUUCGUAUCAUUCACAAGGGCACCAGUGAAGGAAUUAGUCCAUGGUUCUUGCUUCUUGGCACUGUUUCUGCUAGUUCUACCUUCCUGAACAUCGUUAUUCUGCAGUGGAAGGUUAUUUUAUGCUGCAAAAUCCUUGAUCUGGGACCGUGUCUAGAAAGUACUCUUGGCAUUGCCCAACUCGGAAUCCAGUUCGUGAUGUUCGGAUUAGUUUUUGUCUUGUAUCUCAUUUAUUACCCCAGUUAUAAGAUCGAGGCCGAGAGAGACCAGCAGCAUAUUCGUCACUACUCGUUUUUACCUGCACGGAGUGAAGAGUGGAAACUGUCGCUUCUCAUUGCUCAUGUGGUAACAAUUCACUUGGUUGUUUGCACAUUUGUCACGAUAGGCCUAUUAGUCUUUAUUGGAGGCCCUGAAAAUCAUUGGACUUCAGGCUGGGCUGGUUUCUUGGGUAUUACGAGUGUUGUUUUGGCUGUGAUUCAAUAUAUGCCUCAGAUCCACAGAACAUAUAAGCGCAAGUCAGUUGGAGCACUGAGUAUUCCUAUGAUGAUGAUGCAGACACCAGGAGCAGCUCUUUUGACAUUGUCGCUGGCGCUCAGGCCAGGUACCAAUUGGACAACGUGGAUUGUUUAUGCUGUAACGGGCUGCUUGCAGGGAAUAUUGCUGGUGAUGUGUAUCUAUUAUCAUUACCAGGCUAAGAGCCACGGCUAUAGUGACUUUGAGAGCUCAGAAAGGGAGCCUUUGUUGGACAACAAUGUCGUAGCUAGAGUGCAGGGCUACAAUGGGUCCGGCAACAACCCUCCAAGCGCUCGAGUUCCUGUUGCUGUCUCAUAAUUAAGCCCUUAGGCAUUGGCUUAAUGGUACAGAUCCUAUAAUACCAAAGACAGAUAUUAUACUGAUACC